GGCUCGGAGCGCAGGCAGCCGGCACCGAUGACCGAGGUGGGCAGGAGGCCCCACGGGCUGGGCCAUGGCAGUCCCGCUGAUGGCCCGGAAUCCUGCAGUGAAUACGUUAAGUUCUCCAAGGAGAAGUACAUCCUUGACUCUUCACCGGAGAAGCUUCAUAAAGAGCUGGAGGAGGAGCUGAAACUGAGCAGCACGGACCUGCGCAGCCAUGUGUGGUACCACGGGCGCAUCCCCCGAGAGGUGUCGGAAAGCCUGGUCCAGAGGAAUGGGGACUUCCUGAUCCGUGACUCACUCACCAGCCUGGGGGACUACGUGCUGACGUGCCGCUGGAGGAACGAGCCGCUGCACUUCAAGAUCAACAAGGUGAUGGUGAAGUCCAGCGACGGCCGCACCCACAUCCAGUACCUGUUCGAGCAGGAGAGCUUCGACAACGUGCCUGCCCUGGUGCGCUUCUACGUGGGGAACCGCAAAGCCGUCUCCGAGCAGAGCGGCGCCAUCGUCUACUGCCCCAUCAACCGCACCUUCCCGCUGCGCUACCUGGAGGCCAGCUACGGACUAGCCAAUGGGAAGCACAGCGGGCCCCACAGCCCCGCCAGCCAGAAAGGGGGGCACAUCAAGAGGCGGAGCAUCACCAUGACGGAUGGAUUGACGGCCGACAAGAUCACCAGGGGCGAGGGAUGCCCCACCAGCGUAUCCUUACCGCAUCACCGAGAUGUCAUCCGGAACUGCGCAGUCAGCGUGGACCAAAUCCAAGAUCUCCAUUCCCCAAUGUCUCCCAUCUCCGAGAGCCCACUGUCUCCGGCCUACAGCACCGUGACUCGGCUAAAGCCCCAAGGGGGUCAAGCUGGUGGCAUAACCCCAGCCUCUCCCGUCAUAAGAAGAUCCAGCGAGCCACAGCUGUGUCCAGGAAACAACCCCCUGACAGACCUGCCUGAUAGCAUCCACUCCACUCCCUGCCAUGGGUACUCCACGGCCUCUCCUUCCCCCUCUGUUAACAGCUAUAGCGACCCGGACACAGGGCAUUACUGCCAGCUCCACCCCACCUCUCCUGUCGGCCAGGAGAGGCCGACUCAUGACACCAAGCCGCUCCCCACUAAGAGCUAUGUGGAGAGGUUGAAGGUGGAGGGGGGUCAGAGGGUGACUGCAGAGAACGGCUCCAGCGAGGCAGGACAGAGGAUGAAAGGGGAGCAGGACAUUGUGGGCUUUGUCUCACCCACUGUGGAGAUGGGCUCGUCUUUCAACCCUGUGGCGUUCCAGUCCCUGCUGAUCCCCCUGGAAAACAAGCCUCUGGAAAUGGCUGUGCUUAAGAAGGUGAAGGAGCUCCUGGCAGAGGUGGAUGCCAAGGCCCUUGCCAGACACAUCACCAAAGUGGACUGCCUGGUUGCUAGGAUACUGGGUGUUACCAAGGAGAUGCAGAGGCUCAUGGGAGUGAGCUCAGGCAUGGAGCUGCUCACCCUGCCCCACGGCCAUCAGCUUCGACUCGACCUCCUAGAACGGUUCCACACCAUGUCCAUAAUGAUUGCGGUUGAUAUCCUGGGCUGCACAGGCAGCACGGAAGAGAGGGCAGCCCUGCUGCACAAGACCAUCCAGCUGGCUGCCGAGCUGAAAAGCACCCUGGGGAACAUGUUCAGUUUUGCUGCUGUGAUGAAUGCACUGGAAAUGACCCAGAUCUCGCGGCUAGAGCACACCUGGAUGGCGCUGCGCCAGCGGCACACCGAGGGGGCCAUCCUCUAUGAGAAGAAGCUAAAGCCCUUCCUGAAGAGCCUGAAUGAAGGAAAAGAAGGCCCUCCGCUGACCAACACCACCUUCCCUCAUAUUGUGCCCCUUAUUACACUCCUGGAGCGGGAUGCCGCGCUCCUGGACAGCCCGGAGCCCUGGGAAAACACGGACAAUGGCGUGGAGGUUGUCAUGGCCCACCUGGAAGCAGCGCGGAUGGUGGCGCAUCACGGGGGACUGUACCAUACCAACGCAGAGGUGAAGCUUCAGGGAUUCCAGGGCAAGGCUGAGCUCCUUGAGAUCUUCAGCACUGAGUUCCAGAUGCGUCUCCUGUGGGGCAGCCGCGGUGCUGAGAGCAGCCAGCGGGAACGCUACGAGAAAUUCGACAAGGUCCUCACCGCAUUGUCCCACAAGCUGGAGCCCUCUGUGCGGUUCAGUGAACUGUAACCGACGUGGGACUCGGAGUUAAACUCACAGCGGGAGGGUGGCACCAAUCAGUCCUUCAAGAGGCCAAGUAACCAGGUCCCCAGUCUGCAAGCCAGCCCACUCCUCAUGCAGCCAGGGGGGCUAGGAAGCUGUGGGUACCACAGACCCAGAAGGGGAGCCAGCCAGGCGCGAGGGCGUGAGGAAGAAAGCUGGCAUUUAACAUCUGCAAAGGAAAGAACUGACCAGGAGUGAAAUCGCGGCAUUGGGAUGGGUACGUAGCUCUCUGGAGAAAAGAAACCUUCUGAAAAGUUCCAGCAUGCCCAGACUGAUGGGGGAGGGAGCCCAGAACAGCUAUUGUGAUAUAGGUCCAUCCGUGCUCCGCACAUGCAAAGUUACAGGAGGCUGCAUUUUAAUUUCCACCCAAAGCAGUGACCUCCCCUCCUCAACCACCAAUACAAAUCAAUAGUGGAAUCUCACUAACGGACCCUCCCCACUAACAUCCUAUCGAAAUUCCCUGGGCAGUCCCGGUGCAAAUGUUUUGAGCUGCACAUUUGUGGAGGAAGGAGAGCACUGAUCACUCCCAGCCAUGGGACCUCCUGCUGAUUCUCAGCUGUAGU